AUGGUGGGUAAACUAGGAAAAAGAAUUAAAGGUGUCUCUUUAUUUGCUGGUGCUGGAAUAGCUGAAACUUACUUAAAGGAAAUUGGGAUAGACAUAGUGGUUGCUAAUGAACUAAUUGAAAGUAGAGCAAACUUUUAUCAACAUUUAUACCCUUACUCCAAAAUGGUUAUUGGAGAUAUAAAAGAUGAGAAGGUUAAAGAAGAGAUUGAAAAACAUAUUUCCCAAGAUGUUAAGUUAUUGUUAGUAACACCUCCCUGCCAAGGAGUAUCAAGUUUAGGAACCUCCAAAUCCCUACUGGAAAUUUUAAAUAAUAAGUAUUCUGAUAAGUAUAAUGUUGAAGGAGAUAUCCUCAAUGCCAAAGAUUAUGGUGUGCCUCAAAAUGCCAUUUCUCAUUUACCUAGUUUAGAGAGUGGGGAAAGGUCAGAUAUUAAAUGGCACUAUUCUAGACCUCAUAAUCCGAGAGAUGUGAUAGCAAUGAAACAUACUCCUACUGGUUGUAGUGCUUUUAAAAACCUAAAACACUAUCCAAAAAAAGAAGAUAGUCAAAAAAUUAAUGGUUUUCACAAUACCUAUAAAAGAAUGAAUUGGGAUGAACCUGCUCCUGCUCGAACUAUGAAUAGUGGUAAUAUUGGCUCUCACAAUAAUGUUCAUCCUGGUAAUCUUAAACCUGAUGGAACCUAUUCGGAUGCUAGAACUCUAACUGUUCAUGAGUUGUUAAUUGUUUCUUCUUUACCUAUUAACUGA